ACGCAUGUACAUGUCAUAUACAUAUAUCGCAAAAUAACCAAAGAAAAUCACAUGUAAUUUUUGUAAAUCAAACGACGAAGACAUUUCUUGUGCUUAAUCGCUAAUUGCUUUUAAUUUAUGUGUCCUGUGGCCUGUGAGCCUUUCAUUUCUUUCUGUGUAACAAAUCGAGUUUUUUAAUUUAAUCCAUAUUCAGUGAAACUUUACGCUUCAAAUAAACAAAACCAAAACCAUAAAGACUUUUAGUUUCAACUUUACAACUGAGGGACCACAUCAAAUCCCUAAAACGAAAUUUAACAUAUUAUAUCAAGGUUCAGUACUUACUUCAACUUAACACGUAUCUAAUCCACAAAUUCCCACUUCCAUAAGAACUAAUCUAAUAGAUUCAUCAAGACAGUAUUUCUCAAAUACGCAAAAUGCUUUCCUGUGCGCAAAUAAAUAAAAUAAUGUACGCUACUUCAGUUGCGCCCACAACUGACUCGACUGUUAUAUCAAUGACGACAAAUACACUGCAAGUUCCAUCAUCCAAAACUAGCAGCACCGCUAGUGAGACACAAAGCGAAAUAUCAUCAGUCAACAGUGAUUGGAGUGACAUACGUGCAAUUGCAGAGAAAUUAGGCGUAUCCAAUCUGCAGGACUUACACACGGAACGGUUUAAGGUAGAUCGGCAAAAACUAGAGCAAAUGAUCAAAGGCGAAAGUGCAGUCGAAACCAUGAAUGGUGCGGAAUAUUUUUUUGAUAACGUAAUGAACACUACAUCAACCCAUAUAAGCUGGCCAUGCAGACUAAAAAUUGGAGCUAAAAGCAAGAAAGAUCCACAUGUACGUAUUGUUGGUAAAGAAGAAGAUGUGUUACGUGCAAAGGAACGUGUUUUAAAUAACUUGAGUUCCAGGGGUACACGCGUUAUUUUAAAAAUGGAUGUUUCCUAUACCGAUCAUUCGUAUAUUAUCGGACGUGGUGGAAAUAAUAUAAAAAAUAUCAUGGAAACUACUGCAACGCACAUACAUUUUCCAGAUUCGAAUCGUUCGAAUCCAAACGAAAAAUCAAAUCAAGUAUCAUUAUGUGGGACAUUAGAAGGUGUGGAACGUGCUCGCUCCUUAGUACGUUUCUCAACGCCACUUUUAAUGUCUUUCGAGUUACCAAUAUUAGCAUAUGGUCUUGCACAACCGGAUCGCGAUACGCCUUAUAUUGGUAUGAUUGAGGCAAAAUAUGAUGUGCAGGUCAUAUUUACGUCUCGUCAGAAACUACACUCUUCACUAGUGCUGGUAAAAGGUUCUGAAAAGGAAGCAGCUAAAGUUCAGGAAGCUACGCAAAAACUUAUAGAUUUUACUUGUGAAAAAGUUUCAAGUCAUAUUGUUGUUAAUAUGCAACUGGAAAUAUCACCACAACAUCAUGAAAUCGUAAAAGGUAAACAUAAUUCUAACCUUUUGGAUAUCAUGGAACGAACAAAUACAAAGAUUAUAUUUCCUGAUUUGACCGAUAUAAAUGUCAAACCAUUGAAAAAAUCUCAAGUGACUAUUACAGGAACUAUUGAUGCUGUCUACAGAGCUAGGCAACAAUUGCUGGGCAACUUGCCAAUUGCUUUGAUUUUUGACUUUCCAGACAAUCAAAAUGAUGCAACAACAAUCAUCAACCUAAGCACCAAAUACGGUGUUUAUGUGAGUUUACGUCAAAAAAUAAGACAAAGCACUUUGGUAGUAGUCAUCAAAGGUGUUGAAAAAUUUAUCGAUAAAAUAUAUGAGGCACGUCACGAGAUAUUAAGUCUUAAUACACCAUUGGUAAAACCGGAAGUACCGAAAACAUAUUUUUCGCCUCAUGACAAUGAUUUUAAUAUGAAUUAUCGAACUGCAUUGACAUCAUUGUUAGCUGGAUUUCCAGGCAAUCUCAAAAACCCAAACCAAAAGCCGGCACAAAAUAUAUUUCAAGAUGCGUCCUACGCUAGUAUAUUACAAUCGAAUGACGAUAAUAAUAAUAAUAAUAAUCUGCCACUUAAAAAAAAUGCAUCCCAAUUGCAACAAAAAUAUCUUCAAAUGCAUAACAAUAGUUUUUCACAGCAGCAACCGAAUCACAACAAUAAUUAUUUGCAAGCAGCACCUUUGGUCUUGCAGCAACAAAAGUCGAAAAUCCUGCAACAGCAGCAGCAGCAACAGCAACAGCAACAACAACAACAACAACAACAACAAUUACUGCAAAUUUCGCCGCGCAAUGGCAGUAGUCACAAUACCAGCGGCUACCAAAGUUUCAGUAGUAGCAGCACAUCAUUGGAACAGGCUUGUCCAUCGUAUCCCAAGACCGCAAACACAAGUCUUUCUUGCAGCAACAAUAAUGCUCAAGUGCCUAGUAGUGGCCGUACGCUUUUCUCACCCGAAACCACACUCUGCAAUGAAAUGAUUAAUGCUCGCUUUGGACGUCGCGCUAGUGAUGGUGCCUUGCUUGGCUUAAAUGCGUCUACAAUCAAUGCGCCGGCUUUGCCUGGUAGUGCAGAAUCUUAUUACACUUUAUCGCACUGUGAUUUUAGACACAAUUGCUCUUUUGACUAUGAUCUUAGAAGAGCAUUGGGUUUUAAGGCUAUGGAGCGUUCACCUGUUAGCGGAGAAUUACGUGUGCCAAAUUCAAAUUGGAUAGGAAUGGCAUUAAGCCAUACUUCACCAGCACCACUUGAAACAGCCAAUGACACUUCUUGGCUGGGUGGAGCGGCUGCCGGUGGUCCCAUUUCACCAUAUCAUUUAGGCGUAACGACUGGUAUUGCUGACUCUACACCAACUAACCGUCGUUUACAAUUGUCACAACAUAAGGAUAUACGUUCUCUAUUGAUAUUUCUAGGUUUAGAACAUUAUAUAAAAAUUUUUGUUUUGAACGAAAUUGAUUUGGAGGUGUUUAUCACAUUAACUGAAGAAAAUUUAAUGGGCCUAGGCAUUACGGCUUUUGGCGCACGUAAAAAAUUACUUGUUGCCAUACAUACUUUGCAGGCAAACGAAGCUGCUAAUGCAUUUAUGUCCACAAGUAGUGGUAACUCUUCGUCACCACGUUUUUCCGGUUCUGCUGCGCCAGGCGCUGAGCGACGCCCUUCGAAUCAUUGGUAAACUUAGUGUUAGGCUUUCCACACGAAUGCAGUAUACAAACCGCAUUUCAGUAUGGUUUGUUUUUGUUGAUACCUUAAUUUUAAGUUAAUUUUAAGAUUGCAUGCUUUCCUAUUAACAGAUUUAAGAGAUUUUAAAAGCGUAUUUACGAGAAACAAAAAAAAAACAAAAAAAUAUUAAGUUAAACUAUGAAUAAUUUUUGAAAUGUGCCCUAGAAAACCAUUUUAUUGUGGAAAUGUAAUUGUAAAAAUUUCUGUGAUGUUAUCAAUUUUUCUGAUGGCAGAACUCACACUUCAGACCCGCACUCUGCAUUGUUAUAAAACGAAAUCGCAAUUAAAUGUUUUCUAAAAAUUUAUUAAUAAAUAUUAAUAAAAAUUAUUUGACUUAUACGCUUAAAAUUGUACAAAAGGCUUUCGAAUAUUUCGUUAAGUAGUCCAAGCAGAGAUUAGAAAGAUUGUCUUUCACUAGCAAAUUUUUUCAAUAUUAUAAUAGCAAUAAGAAAAUGAUAUUUAAUUUUAUUUAUUUAUAAGAAACUCUCCAUCUUAAUC